ACUGCCGGCCCUGGCAGUGCGCAUCAUGUCUGGGGUGGAAGACCUGGUGGCGUCUAGCGGCCAGCUAGCCUGGUCCCUGGCCCAGCAGAGCCUGAAGAGGUGGUACCAGCGGGGGGUCGUGGUCCCUUGCCGACAGCUGAUGGACGCCUGGCUCCAGGUCGGAGGAUGCUACCAGAUGACGGAAGGCCGCCUGUGCCAGAUCCACCUGCUGGACGACAGGAACCUGGAGCUGCUGGUACAGCCCAAGCUCCUGUCCCGCGAGCUCCUAGAUUUGGUGUCUUCACAUUUUAACCUCAAAGAAAAGGAGUACUUUGGGUUAAGCUUCAUCGACGACACUGGUCAGAACAACUGGCUGCAGUUUGAACGUAGAGUCCUUGACCAUGACUUUAACAAGAAGAGUGGCCCUUUGGAACUGCGCUUCCUGGUCAGAUUCUACAUCGAGAAGAUUACAUUCUUGAAAGACAAUACAACGGUGGAGCUAUUCUAUCUGAAUGCUAAAUCUGCUGUGUGUAAUGAAACCAUUGAAGUGGAGAGCGAACACGUUUUCAAAUUAGCGGCAUUGGCGUUGCAAGAAGCCAAAGGAGAACACACAAGCUCUGAGACCGCCAGGGAAGACCUGAAGCAGCUCACCCUCCUGCCCACCAGAGUCCUGAGGGAACACCCGUCGCUGACCUACUGCGAGGACCGAGUUAUUGAACAUUACAAGAAACUGCAAGGAGUGAGCAGAGGAGGGGCCAUUGUUCAGUAUCUGGCCCUGGUGGAGUCCCUGCCGACAUAUGGAGUCCAUUACUACCCUGUGAAGGACAAGCAGGGGAUACCCUGGUGGCUCGGGGUCAGCUACAAAGGCAUCGGCCAGUUCGACUUGCAGGACAAAUUAAAACCCCGAAAAUUAUUUCAGUGGAAGCAGCUGGAGAACCUGUAUUUUCGUGAGAAGAAGUUUGCAGUGGAAGUGAAUGACCCUCACAGGCGCACAGUGACGAAGCGCACCUUCGGCCAGGCAGGGCUGGUCAUCCACACCUGGUAUGCCAGCCACUCUCUGAUCAAGACUAUCUGGGGGAUGGCUAUAAGUCAGCACCAGUUCUACCUGGACAGGAAACAGAGCAAAGCAAAGCUUACGGCCACAAGAAGUUCAGGAGACAUCGCCAUGGACCUGACGGAGAUCUCUGUACCGAGAAUCAGGAAAAUGACUAGCACCGAGACGCGGGACCAGCUCAUCAUGGCCAGCAACGGCAGCCUGAUAUCAGCCGGUUCAGUCGACUCUGAGAUCAUCGAGGAACGUAAGAAAGAGAAGAUUUCUGAUCUGAAGAAGAAGGAGAAGGAUCUGGAAGACAAGCUGGCCAAGAAGAUGGAGGAGCUGAAGAAUGUCUGCAUGAGAGAAGCCGAGCUCACGGGACAGCUGCCCAAGGAAUACCCUCUGGGGGCCGGGGAGAAAGCCCCACCCAUAAGGAGACGCGUGGGGACGGCCUUCAAGCUGGAGGACCCUUCCCUCUACGACAAGGACCCGCACCUGAGGAACCUGGAGAGCCGCUUCGAGCUGCAGCAGAAGUUCGUGGAGGCCUCCAUGAAGCUGGCCAGCGAGGAAGACCUGGCCAAGACGGUGAAGAAGAAGCGGAAGAACAACUACCUGGACGCCAUGAGGAUGCUGCAGAACAUGGAGGACGAGAUCAACGCCUACCGCAAGACGAUGGGCCAGAAGCCUACCCAGAGGGCCUCGCUGAUUAUGGCUGAAGAUUCCAACCCUUCAGAGCUCAGCUCGCUGUCGGACAGCCUCACUCUGGACGACGACGAUGAGCUGGGGUCCCAGAGGCUGCGCUCCAGGUCAGUGCAGUAUUCCCCCCGGCCGCACCACGCAGACACCCUGGACAUCAACUACGGCCAGGACCGCCGGGCCUCGGAACAGCCCCUAGACAACAGAUUGAGGUACGGCCAGCUCCAGGAGCCACUCCUCUACCCUAACCACGGGGCCUUAUCAGGCCACAGCAGCCCCUACAGACCCCCUCCCCGCCAGCCCCGGGAUGCCCGCAGCAUGCCCCCCACCCCCGUCCUGCCCCGCAACGCCUUCAGCAGCACCCAGCUCAGGUCUGACGACGGCCCGCAGCAUUUCCGUCAGCGCAGCGGCAGCCUGGAGUCCCAGUCCAACUACCCGCCCGAGCCGGAGCCCCCCAUGCCGGCCUUCGGCCAGCCCGCCCCACGCAGCACCAGCACCGACCCGCUGGACGACGGCUCCUCCUACACCAGCCAGUCCAGCGCCGAGCACAGCGGCCCCCACCACCACAGCUCCCGGGCCCCCGCGCGCCAGCGCGUCCGCGGCCGCCGCAAGGAGCUCUACGCCAACACGGGCAGCAUGCCCAACCUGGCCCAGCACCACGCGCAGCCGGAGGCCCGCGCCCCGGCCUACCAGCCCCGCCCACGGCCCACCACCACCGCCUACUACGUCACGGGCUACCCCAGCUACCCCGAGCCCGAGCCCUACUACAACAACGGAGGCUAUGCGUACGACAGCAACGAGAUGGAGGGCCACUACAGCGUCAACCCCUCCCCCCAUCAGCCCCACCACGCCUACGGACGCUAUGGCGACGAGCUGGACAGCGGCAUGGCGUCCGUCUCCAACCUCUACGCCACGCUGCGGCCCUCCAGGUCUCGGCCGUCGAUGGCUCCGCCCCCACUCCAGCAGCACCAUCCUCAGCAGCUGCAGCAACACCAUCAGCUGCAGCAACACCAUCAGCUGCAGCAACACCAUCCGCAGCAGCAACACCAUCCGCAGCAGCUGCAGCAGCACCACUAUCAACAGCAGCAGCACCACCACUAUCAACAGCAGCAGCAGCAGCAGCAACCCUAUCAGCAGCAGCCGCCCCAGAAGACGGUGCACAAGGCCCUGGUGGCGGAGCACCUGAGGGGAUGGUACCAGCGCAACACGGGCGUCAAACAGCCGGAAUACGACUGCGAGUACGACCGGGGCUCCCAGCAGAGCCUGGGCUACCAGACCAUGCCGGCGCCCUACGCAAGGUCCUACUCGACAGCGUCGUGCGCAGGGAACUGGCAGGGCAACAUGGGCGGUAGCAUGGGCCAGUACGACGUGCACGCCCACCAGGCCUAUUCCUGCAACACCACCACCGCACACUACAGCCAGCCCACGCACAGCAGAUCCGGUGUCUGGUACAGCCCCGACGUCCAGAGGCGCUGUGCCCCUCUCCCCGCUAGCCUCUCCUCCUCCGCCUCUUCCUCUUCCUCCUCCUUCCCCACUUCCUGCUCCUCUACCUCCUCCCCCCCUGCCGGCUGUCGCUCCAGGUGGGCGACGUACAGUCCCGGGCCAAGCCCCACCUCCAGGGGGCGGGGCCUCAAUAGGCCGACCCUCGCUAAGGCUAGUCUGCCAUAGUCCUACAUAGACGUCCACCAGCUGGACACCCACGCGGGCAGCCCUCUGGGCAGCCCCGCGGACCCCGAGGACCACCUGCAGUGGCACGAG